GGACACAGCGGUAUAAAUACGGACUGAGCGCAAGUAACAUAGUUGUGAGCGAGAAAGAGUGUCUGUCUUGCUCUCGGUGCUUUUUCUGGUUGUGCUGUUCAACGUGAACGAUCGUGUGCUAUCGAUACUCUUGCUUGAAGUGUCAGUUCACCAUGAAGAUUCUACUAGGUUUCGUCGCUGCUCUCAUGGUGGCUAGCGUUUCGUCACUGCACGUCAAAUUCAUCCCUUGCAAGGGUGACACCGUGGAGUCUGUGUCAGUUGAGUUCAUCGACGUCAGUCCCUGCACAGAGGACCCGUGUGCACUGAGCCGUGGGUCGACCUAUGAAGUGUCCGCCAGCUUUAACACCGGUGCUGCUCCAGUCGGAAUUGAAGGUGUUGAGACGCAUUUGUACGGAAUCAUUGCUGGAGUGAAGGUGCCUUUCCCUGGCUUCAAUCAGACAGAUGGAUGCAAGAACUCUGGCCUGACGUGCCCUCUGGGACCGAAAGCCCCCUAUACAUUUGCCAUUCCUAUCUUCAUCGACCCUAAGGUCACCAUUGAUAUUUCCUGCGUCGUCGAGCUUCGCUUAGUGGACACUGGUACUGGAAAGGAUCUCAUCUGCAAUGAGCUUCAAGUCAAGGUGGUCAACUGAAAGCGGGCACAGCAAUGAUGCCUUGCCCCCUGUCCAGCACACCGUUUCCAUGACUACUGGAAUACUUGUUGAAUGUCUGAAGAGAAAGUAUUGUGACACUUUCCCAUUAUUUUUAUUCAUCCUAAAUGAUUAUUAAGAAAGGCACUGAGCCAGUUCUUUUUUUUUACUACAAGUGAUGUGCCUCUAUCUCUACACUUGACUGUACAACACGUGUUGACUCUAGA